GCGUUCUGUAGUUCGGUAAAAAAAUGAUCUUUAAACUGUCGCUAGCCUGCGCGUUUUUCGCGAUAUGCUCCGUCGAAACUGCGAGGAUACUCGGGGUGUUUCCCAGUCCAGGGCCGAGUCAGUAUAUUUUGGCAGAAGCUCUGCUCGUCCCUUUGGUGGAACGCGGCCACCAAGUCACGGUGAUCAGCGCUUUUGAAACGAAAACCAGACCCAACUUAACCAACGUGAAAUUUGAGAUAAAAAAUCAAAAAUUAGAAGGAAACAUAUUCGACCUGCAGAACCUGCUGCACCUGCAGGAGAUGAGCAUAUUCCGGCUGAUUGUUGGAAUGUACCAAGUAACCAGCUGCAUUUCCGAAAUGAUCCUCUCUGACCCGAAGGUCCAAGACCUGAUCCGGUCCAACCAAACAUUCGAUCUGGUGGUGGUCGAGCAGUUCCACGCGGAAGGGUUCUCCGCAUUCGCCGAAUACUUCGAGGCCCCUCUGAUCGGGUUCGCCUCGCUGGGCGUCAACGAAUGGAACGCUCACGUGGUGGGCAACCCGAUCUUACCAUCUUACGUACCCCAUUCGUUAACCGGAUAUUCCGAACGUAUGAACUUUUACCAACGGUCUCGAAACACAGUGGCGUACGCCUUCGAUCUGCUAGUGAAGUAUUUCUACUCUUUACCCGAACACCAGCGGCUCGUCGAUAAAUAUUUCCCGAAGAAGAUCGACAUUUACGAGACGAUGUAUAGUCCGAGCUUGAUGCUGCAGAAUUCUCAUCCCGUCUUGACAGGGGCGACGCCCCUCACGAAUGCUAUCGUAGAGAUAGGGGGCUACCACGUAAAGUCCAAGAGGUUGCCCGAGGACAUCGAGAGGUUUUUGGACUCGGCCGAUCAUGGGGCGAUUCUGAUCAGUCUGGGGUCGAACUUGAAGAGUAGCAAAUUGCCCCCCGAGGUCUUGAAGGGCAUGUUCGAGGUUAUAAGGAAGUUGAAGCAGAGGGUUUUGUGGAAGUUCGAGGCCGACGAGGUGCCGGAAGCUCCCGACAACUUGUACGUAUCAAAGUGGCUGCCCCAGACCGAUAUAUUGGCUCAUCCGAACGUGGUCGGUUUCGUAUCGCACUGCGGACUUCUCAGUACCACCGAAGCGACUUACUACGGGGUACCGAUCAUCGCGGUACCAUUCUUCUUGGACCAAGAGGGUAACGCGAAACGGCUGGUCGAAUCUGGAGCUGCGGUUUACCUGCCGUACAAGCAUCUUAGCGAAAGUUCGCUCCACGCGGCCGUACAAGAAAUACUAACGAACAAAAGUUAUAGGCAAAACGCGAAGCUCAGGUCCCAAUUGCUACGCGACAGGGUCGUCAGCCCUUUGGACGAGGCCAUUUACUGGGUAGAAUACGUGUUACGUCACGGAAACGGCCGACAUCUGCGCAACACCGUCAUGGAGCUCAGCUGGCUUCAGGUGUACUUGUUGGACGUCUUGGGAGUUUGCAUCCUCGCACUCCUACUCUUUAUAUACGCCGCGCGAUACGCGACUUUCAAGUUAUUUUCCAGGGCCGGCUCGAGUGUCAAAGGGAAGAAGAAGAAACAAUGAGAGUUCAGUUACUAUUAGUAUGAAACUUAA